UCAGAGUCACAAGAUCGCUCAGCGGCAACCUUGCGGGAUCCUUCCGCCCGUCCCCGCCCCCCUACCUAAAAAACUCUUCUUGUUUUUUUCUCUCGGCCAGAUCACUUCCUCAUUAAUGAGUGGAACGGCCUCUUCCAUUCGGUGGGGUUGGGGUUAGGGUUAGGGCUAGGGUCACCUGCCCUUUGGUUCGGAAAGUAGGCUAGGCCUGGCUGGGGACUCUUUUUCGUGGCGGAGGCCGCGGCCGGCCGUGGACAUUUCACCGCGGGGGGAGGUGCCGUACGUCCAAGAUGGCGGCGCCCUGUAGGCUGGAGGAACUGUGAGGUAAACAGCUGAGGGGGAGGAGAUGGUGGUGACCAUGAAAGACACCAGGUCGACAGCCCUGGAAACUGAAGUACCAAUUGUCCCCAGAACAGUCUGGUAGUAGCCCCAAUGAAGAGCCUUCAGAACCUUUAAUGCACGUCCUGGAGCCGGCACAGCACAUUCGUGUAAGAGGAUGGCCCAACAAGCGAACGUCGGGGAGCUCCUCUCCAUGCUGGAUUCCCCCAUGCUGGGUGUGCGAGAUGACGUGACAGCUGUCUUCAAGGAGAACCUCAGUUCUGACCGUGGUCCUAUGCUUGUAAACACCUUGGUGGAUUAUUAUCUGGAAACCAAUUCGCAGCCGGUAUUGCACAUCCUGACUACCUUGCAAGAGCCACAUGAUAAGCACCUCUUGGACAAAAUUAACGAAUAUGUGGGCAAAGCCGCCACUCGUUUAUCCAUCCUCUCGUUACUGGGGCAUGUCAUAAGACUACAGCCAUCGUGGAAGCAUAAGCUCUCUCAAGCACCUCUUUUGCCUUCUUUACUAAAAUGUCUCAAGAUGGACACCGACGUGGUCGUCCUCACUACAGGUGUCUUGGUGUUGAUAACCAUGCUACCAAUGAUUCCACAGUCUGGGAAACAGCAUCUUCUUGAUUUCUUUGAUAUUUUUGGCCGUCUUUCAUCUUGGUGCCUGAAGAAACCAGGCCAUGUGGCAGAAGUCUAUCUCGUCCAUCUACAUGCCAGUGUGUAUGCGCUCUUUCAUCGCCUGUAUGGAAUGUACCCUUGCAACUUUGUCUCCUUUCUGCGUUCUCACUAUAGUAUGAAAGAAAACCUUGAGACUUUUGAAGAAGUGGUCAAGCCAAUGAUGGAACAUGUGCGAAUUCAUCCGGAAUUAGUGACUGGAUCCAAGGACCAUGAACUGGACCCUCGAAGGUGGAAGAGAUUAGAAACUCAUGACGUUGUAAUAGAGUGUGCCAAAAUCUCUCUGGACCCUACAGAAGCCUCGUAUGAAGAUGGCUAUUCUGUGUCUCACCAAAUCUCAGCCCGCUUUCCUCAUCGUUCAGCUGAUGUCACCGCCAGCCCUUAUGUUGACACACAGAAUAGCUAUGGGAGUGCUACUUCUACCCCUUCCUCCACUUCUCGGCUGACGUUGUUAAAUACGCCAGGGCAGCUACCUCAGACUCUGAGUUCCCCGUCAACACGGCUGAUAACUGAGCCGCCACAAGCUAUUCUUUGGAGCCCAUCUAUGGUUUGUGGUAUGACCACUCCUCCAACUUCUCCUGGAAAUGUCCCACCUGAUUUGUCACACCCUUACAGUAAAGUCUUUGGUACAACUGGUGGAAAAGGAACUCCUCUGGGAACCCCAGCAACCUCUCCUCCUCCGGCCCCCCUCUGCCACACCGAUGACUACGUGCACAUUUCACUCCCUCAGGCCACAGCCACACCCCCCAGGAAAGAAGAGAGAACAGAUUCUGCAAGGCCAUGUCUACACAGACAGCACCAUCUUCCAAAUGACAGAGGAUUAGAAGAGCCACUCGGCAGCAAAGGUUCUGUCACUCUAAGUGACCUUCCCGGGUUUCUAGGUGACCUGGCCUCUGAAGAAGAUAGCAUUGAGAAAGAUAAAGAAGAAGCUGCAAUAUCUAAAGAACUCUCUGAGAUCACUACAGCAGAGGCUGAACAUGUGGUUCCUCGAGGAGGCUUUGACUCUCCCUUCUACCGAGACAGUCUCCCGGGUUCUCAGCGGAAGACCCAUUCGGCAGCCUCCAGUGCUCAGGGCGCCAGCAUGAACCCUGAGCCUUUACACUCCUCCCUGGACAAGCUUGGGCCUGACACACCAAAGCAAGCCUUCACCCCCAUAGAUCUACCUUGUGGCAGUGCUGACGAAAGCCCUGCUGGAGACAGGGCACGCCAGACUUCUUUGGAGACCAGUAUCCUCACUCCCAGCCCUUGUAAAAUUCCGCCUCAAAGGGGAAUGGGCUUUGGAAGUGGGCAGCCUCCCCCUUAUGAUCAUCUUUUUGAGGUGGCAUUGCCAAAGACUGCCUAUCACUUUGUCAGCAAGAAGACUGAGGAACUGUUAAAGAAAGCAAAAGGAAGCACAGAGGAAGACUUUCUGCCCUCUACCUCCCCCAUGGAAGUACUGGAUAGACUGAUACAGCAGGGAGCAGACGCACACAGCAAGGAGCUUAACAAGUUGUCUUUACCCAGCAAGUCUGUCGACUGGACCCACUUUGGAGGCUCUCCCCCCUCAGAUGAGAUCCGUACCCUCCGAGACCAGUUGCUUUUACUGCACAACCAGUUACUGUAUGAGCGUUUUAAGAGGCAGCAGCAUGCUCUUCGGAACAGGCGGCUCCUCCGCAAGGUGAUCAAGGCAGCAGCUCUGGAGGAACAUAAUGCUGCUAUGAAAGAUCAGUUGAAGUUACAAGAGAAAGACAUCCAGAUGUGGAAGGUUAGUCUGCAGAAAGAACAAGCGAGAUACAGUCAGCUUCAGGAGCAGCGUGACACUGUGGUAACACAGCUCCACAGCCAGAUCCGACAGCUGCAGCAUGACCGAGAAGAAUUCUACAACCAGAGCCAGGAAUUGCAGACAAAGCUGGAGGACUGCAGGAACAUGAUUGCGGAGCUGCGGAUAGAAUUGAAGAAGGCCAACAACAAGGUGUGUCACACAGAGCUGCAGCUCAGUCAGGUAUCUCAGAAGCUCUCAAAUAGUGAGUCAGUCCAGCAGCAGAUGGAAUUCUUGAACAGGCAGCUUUUGGUUCUUGGAGAGGUCAACGAGCUGUAUUUGGAACAACUGCAGAACAAGCAUUCAGACACAACAAAGGAAGUAGAAAUGAUGAAGGCUGCAUAUCGGAAAGAAUUAGAAAAAAACAGAAGCCAUGUUCUCCAGCAGAAUCAGAGGCUUGAUACCUCCCAGAAACGGAUCUUAGAACUGGAAUCUCAUCUGGCCAAGAAAGACCACCUUCUUUUGGAACAGAAGAAAUAUUUAGAGGAUGUCAAACUCCAGGCAAGAGGACAGCUGCAGGCCGCAGAGAGCAGGUAUGAGGCUCAGAAAAGGAUAACCCAGGUGUUUGAAUUGGAGAUCUUAGAUUUAUAUGGCAGGCUGGAGAAAGAUGGCCUCCUGAAGAAACUUGAAGAAGAGAAAACAGAAGCAGCUGAAGCAGCAGAAGAAAGGCUUGACUGUUGUGAUGAUGGCUGCUCAGAUUCCGUGGUGGGGCACAAUGAAGAGGCAUCUGGCCACAACGGUGAGACCAAGGCCCCCAGGCCUGGCAGCACCUGGGGCAGCAGUGGAAGCAGAGGAGGUGGAGGCAGCAGCAGCAGCAGCGAGCUUUCCACCCCAGAGAAACCCCCAAACCAGAGGGCAGGACCAUUUAGCAGUCGGUGGGAAACUGCCAUGGGAGAGCCCUCUGGCAGCAUCCCUACAACUGUUGGCUCGCUUCCCAGUUCAAAAAGCUUCCUGGGUAUGAAGGCCCGAGAGUUGUUUCGUAAUAAGAGUGAGAGCCAGUGUGAUGAGGACGGCCUGACCAUCAGUAGCCUUUCUGAAACCCUAAAGACAGAACUGGGCAAAGACUUGGGUGUGGAAGCCAAGACUCCCCUGAACCUAGAUGGCCCGCACCCAUCUCCCCCAACCCCGGACAGUGUUGGACAGCUACGUAUCAUGGACUACAAUGAGACUCAUCAUGAGCACAGCUAAGGAUGAGGGUCAGUGUUACCUUGCGUAUUAUUGGCACAGAAUAGGAGGCGUGAGUGCACGUUUCAAAGCUUUCCUGUCCCAGGGUCUGAGUGGCAAAUUCACGUGGUGGAAAUGGGAUGGAGUCCUCUUGACAGCUGACUGAAUGCAGAAUGGUGUUUGGAUCUGGCAUUGAAAUGCCUCUUAACCUUCCCUGUGACCCACCCCCAAACCUCUCCUCCAUUUACCUAGCAGUGUGUACUAAUCCGAGGCCAGUUUGCGUUCCUCAGUAGCUUUAUUUUCUUCCUUCCCCCUCAAUGGUUGCGUCCUUUGAACCUGUGCAAUAUGAGGCCAAAUUUAAUCUUUGAGUCUAACACACCACUUUCUGCUUUCCUGAGGCUCAGAUAACUGGGUUGGCUCUCGGUUAGACCAGGCAGUUUGUGGCAUUGCAGCUAAGUCUGGCUCCGUCCCUUCCAGGAGGACGCAGCCUGCAAAGCUGAUUGUCUCCACAUGAAAGCUUUCAUGUGAGACGUUUUCACUGCUUUUUGAUUCUGAAGUUCAGCAUCUAAAGCAGUAGAUCUAGAAAAACAGUGGUUUAUUCACCCUUACAUUCUUUUGGUGGUUCUGAUAAGCUUCCUAGAAAGUUCUGUGUGAACAAAAGCCUGUUUGAAAAAUCUAGAGCUGGCACUGGGAGACCACACUUACCCUUUGGGAAAGCUCUUGUCCCUUCUUCCCCCACUACCUCUUAUUUAUUUGGUGUUUGCUUGAAUGCUGGUACUAUUCUGACCACAGGCUGGUGUGUAGGUGGGAAAACCUGUUCUGUGCAGGAGGCAAGGAGUGGUCACUUGGAGAUGUUGCCUGAGAAGCGCUUGUGCUCAAGGAACUCCACCUUCAGGCCAGUCUCAGCUCACUAGAUCGUCUCUUCUCUAUUUGCCUCCCUCUGUGCUCACACAUCCUCUUGUUUAUGUCAGCUUCUUUGUGAUGCUACAGCAGAAAGGCUCUGGAGGUCCAAAGAGUUUCUUCAGAGUUUAUGUGACCAUUGUUUCUCAGGCUGUUAGUGUUGUCUCAUUAUAGUAGGUUCUAGGCCACCAAAAAGGGAGCUGCUUUUUCAUACCAAUUCCAGCUCUCCAAGGAGCUUGAUUUUGUCACACUCUCCCACGUUAGCAAUGGCAGAGUAAUGUAAAGCAGAGUCUGGGAGAAUUUUGACAAAGGCUGACUGUGUGUACCCACUGGGCUGUCUCCACAUGCUCCUGAGAGCAUGAGGUGACACCAGUCAGCAAACUGGCAGUGGCAGAGAAUCCAAACUCAACAAGUGCUCCUGAAAUAAAUGCUAGAAGCCUAAGAAUUGUUGCCUAGUGCCCAGUCUCCUAGCUGAGGCAAGGAGAGAGUUGGUAGGAAAGAGCCAAUGAUCUUGGUUUUUCUGCUUCCAUUCUUUUAGUAAAAAGAAUAGAACGGUUCAGUCAUAAAGAGAUAAAAGAAACUGUAAUGGUACGAAAUUUUACUGCAUAUGGAAGCUUUCAGCACAUGAAGGUAAAAGUCUUUUCUUUUUUUAAAUAUGGCAAUAAAUAUUCUAGCAUCCCUAGCUAAAGGGAACUAGACCAUUAGAGACUCAUGUCACCAUGGCUAUACUGGCAGGAGAAGUGUUCAGGGCAGCGUCCUGGCUGUGACUGAUUCCUAGCCCGUGGCAGGGCAUGUCCCCAGUUGCUCUGUGCCUGUCACAGUCUGGCCAUGGCCGCUGGAUGUCCAGCGUGGAGUGUUGGUGAUGCCACACAUUUAAUUUCAGCUUUGUCCAAAGGAAAGCUUAAAAUCCAGUAUGUUCUGGUUUCCUGGUUCAGUUUUAGAAAAGGAAAAUACAAACAAAUGCAGAAAGGGAAAAAAUGUCAUAGGUUAACUAUUGAAACUGGCUUUAAUUGCUCUCCCCUCCUCAAGCCUGAGAGAUCUGUGCCACAGAACAAAGGUACCAGGCACUUAAAGCCUUACCUUAACUGGCAAAGGAAAGAUGCCAAUGUAGAAAAGAAAAAAACACUUUUAAAAAACUGGCAGGGUAUAAAAAAAUACAGGGAAGAAAGGAGGCAGCAUGGUAAAGUGGACUGAGGCCCAGGCUAGAGGCUUUCAGACGCCUCUGUGCUCAGGGCCCUCGGCACUUGCCUGCUGCCUCCUUUCUUCCCUGUAUUUUUACACCCUGCCUGUCCCUUUACAACCAGGGUGACCCAGGAGAGCUCCAGUUCAGGUGCCUUUGAUUUCUAGGAGGCUGUGAGUUUUAUUCAACCAAGGUUGGGGGAUUGAGACCUGGAGCCAUGUUGAAGUUACACAACCCCAAAAUUUAGGCUUUUAUGUUGUGAUGGACUCCAGGGUCAAUAAUAAGGUUUUAUUUUGUUUUAGAAGUGAUAGACUUGACAAGAGUCCUUGGGUCACUUGAUCGUGCUGCAGUGAGUAGAUCAAGGAUGGAAAGGUGGUAGCAGAACGACUCCUGGGAGACAGUUCAGGCUGGGCAAAGGCAUUAGAACAGUUAGUGUUAAGGCAGAGCCCGUCUAGAAACGGACGAAGCAGCUUGGUAAUCGUAACUGUCGGGAUUGGAUGGGCUCCGUCCACAGCUCCCUGUGAGCAAGCAGACCUGUCUGAGCUGUUUGGCCCAUGCACAUAACCUGCCCUCGUUCCCACCUGACGCUACCCAGGGUCAGCCCAGGCCCCGAGAAGACUGGAGUCUGCUGCUUGUGCAGCACAGAAUUUGUUCUAAAAGAAGCACUACAAUAAGGGGGGCGAGGGCGACAGGAAGACGUGGAGAAAAUGGGUUCCUGAAUCUCCUACAGGUAAAUAAGCACAUGGAUCUCUAUUUGAUAGAACUUUUAUGGAUUUUUCAAAAGCUUUUGACAGGGUGCUACCAUGAAAUCUAUAAAAAUUGUUACUAUGGAACUGGAAGAAAUAUGUGGUCAUGAAUAUACAAAAACUGACUGAAACCUAAAGGUAGGAGGUCAAGGUCAUUUGGAUCAAGAGAUUUUAAAAAAUGUACUAGGACCAGUGUUACUAAGGCAGGUGGGCAGGCAGUGACCUUGCUAGGUUUGCCAACAGUUUUUCAGGAGAGAAAACUGCCCAACCUUUGGGAAUAAGCUGCAGAAGGUUCUUAUUAGGCUCUGUGAGUGGAGAGAUGAUAGAUGAGCUACUUUGCGAGCCAAAAUUUAUGUGCUGUGGUUAGGGAGAAAUAGUCCAAACUAUUCAUAGAAGGUAAACUGCUGGAGGUCCUGGAAGCCAGUGACAAUUAGAAAAAUUAGCCCACCAGCCUCGUGGCCGGAGAGGCCAGCACAUCACUCGGCAUGAGCAGAACGACAGGAAACAAAGUCCCAGGCUCUCAUGCUGUCCCUGUCUGCGACAGCACGUGUAGUUGCCAGUGUGUUUUUGAGAAAGAUAAAACUCUAGAAGUUGUUCAGAGGAGUACGCAUGAAAUGGUUGUGGGGCUGAAAGGAUCUCUCUCUGUGAGCUGGACCACAGAGGCUAGACUUGCAGUUAAGAAUAGAAAGCUGGGUAUGUGUUUCUGUGUAGACAAUAGAACCGAAGUAUGUCGUGACUAGCCAAUGUGAAUUCUACCAAAUACUAGAACAUACCACUUGCAGCCAGAAAGAACUGAAAAACAGACAAAAGUACUGCAUGAGAAAACUGGGUUUUUCUCACUGGAAGCACUACAGGGCAGGAUGAAGUGUGAACGGGCUGGAGGAGGGUUUGGGCAGAGUGAAGCCUCCGUCCAGGGCUGGGUGGAGGAGUAUCUGUUGCCCAUUCUUCACCAAUACUCCUAGAUAGUGGUCCCGGGAGAAGCCCCAUCCCACCCAGGAGGCCUUGCCUCUCGUGGAGGAGAAAGCUGCCCUGUGUGUGGUGACUCGUGUCGGUGCUCCUCAUCUGCUGCGUCUUCACUCUGCGACGUACAUGCUUUAAAGUUGACCUGCGAUGACUAGGGAAAUGUAUCUAGUCUGAAGAUGUUCGUGUAUGUUUACAUCCAGAGUUCUGUGUGACACGUGCCCCCUGACCCUUCUCCCAGAUCGCUGCAAAGUCAUUGAUUGCACUUGAUUAAGUUCUUGUUUGUAGGUAAAAGAACAAGUUUAGGCUGGGGACUGGCCCCUAGGCUGCUGCUGUGACCCUCGUUCCCACGUAGCUCCUUUCCCUGUCUGGAACCUUCCAUGUGCCCAAGGGAUUGUGUUUCCAUUUUUUCCAUGCUGUCCUACAGUCCAGUCUGUACGUGCUCACCUGAGAGAAGAGUGGCUGUAGCUACAAGGAAACCUGCCUGGGAUAGUUGAGCACCGCCACCCACAACUGCUUUUGGUCUUAAAAUGAGUAAAUGAAGGCAGAGGAGCUUUCUCCCUCCUUCCCAAUGCCACAAAAUUAUCCAUCUUCUGGGAUAAGUAGGCUGCUUAACCAUUGGAAUAGAUCUUUUAGAGGAGAGACCCUAAGAGUUUGAGAACCCCCAGACCAAGCCCUCCCUUCCCUUCCCCACCUCCACACAGUGUUUGGACAGGAGGGUACGGUGCUGCUCUGUGUAGCAAAUACUUUGGCUUAUCAAAGAGGCAGCCAGGCAUUUUGCACUAGGAAGAAUCAGUGAUCACUUUUCAGAAGACUUCUAUGGACCACAAAUAUAUUACGGAGGAACAGAUUUUGCUAAGACAUAAUCUAAUUUUUAUAACUCAAUCAUGGAUGAACCAUAUGUGGCUAACUUGCAGUUUGAAGGGGUCCCAUCAGUGAAAAGAAACAGGUUUUUUAAACUGACUGCUCUUAGUUAAAUUGAAGAAAGUCAUCUCUGGUCAAAAGGUUUAAACUUUCCCACCUCGAUCUUAAAAGCAUGUCAAACAAUCCACAUCAGAUGCCAUAAAUAUGAACUGCAAGAGAAAAUGGUACAAUCUUAGUGAAUGGGAAUUGGAAUCAAAAGGGUUUGCUGUCCUUCUUAGAAUGUUCUAAAAUGUCAAGGCAGUUGCUUGUGUUUAACUGUGAACAAAUAAAAAUUUAUUGUUUUGCACUAC